CGAAGACCGUUGAAGCUCGCGCCUGUUUUGCAAAAGCUCUUGGAGUCCUCAGAAUUUUACUGUUAUUGGUUGAUUUAAAACUGAUCGGAUAGAAAUUACUUCCAAAAUACCGUAACUAAUCUUCUGCCUUUGUAAUUUUGGUGAAAUAUCUUCGAAUGGUUUGGGGCACAAGAAAUGUACACGGUAUGAUAGUGUCAACAUAACCAUGUCUACAGUCAGGAGGGCUAUCACUUCUAUUAAAAAUCUCAAUGGCAAAUUAUCUGGGAAUAUUUACGAACAUGCUCUAACCCAGCUACAGUCAGAAAGUGGUUUGUCAAAUGACAACAUCAAAACUUUGUUGUCGACAUUGACAGAUGACAAACUUUUGAAAUGCCGAGCAACAAGUUUUCGGGAUGUGUUGUUUUGCUGCAUUCCUGAGAGUUCUAUAAGCGGGGACGUUCUGGAAAUUGGCUUGUUUUGGAUGUUUGCCAAUAUUAAAAAUGAAUUUGUUGUUUCAUCCAAGCUUAAUGCUGUGUUGGAUUGGGUUUCAGGACUUCUUGAGUUUGAUCUUAUUGAUAAAACUGACAUUGAUGGUUACUAUGAAAUGUAUUAUGGAAUGCUGCAAAGGGAGCAAUGUCAAAGUUCUGCCUGUAAACUGAUCCACAUGCUCACUCGCCCAGAUGAUGUUUACCGUGGGCGUGUGGAAAAUAUCAUCAAAUUAUACAAAAAAGGUGGAGGCAGAGGGAAACAUCUAGCUUAUCUUAUUGAACUGUUCCGAACAUAUAAACCAGAACUUGUACCAGAAAAUGUAAAAUCUUUCAGCCGCGAAGCUGCUUUCAAAAAAUUACUGCCAGGAUUUAAACAUAUGCUGGAAUCAGCUCAUGAACGGCUGCAAUCCGAAAACAAUCAUUUACGUUCUAAGAACAAAGGAUUAGACUGGACUGCCGUUACUUUUAAUAAAAACAGAACUGCCAUGCCUCUAAUUCCCACUGCCAUGUAUGUCCACCUGGGUUCAGAACUGUAUCGAGAAAAGAGACGCAAAGUUUUGGAAUUUUUGGACAAGAUAUCCCUUGCUAGCUUUCAUCUAACAUGUGAACUACCCACCUCCAUUUUGUCACUAAUGCUGAAUGAAGGUGGAAUGCAUUUUUUAGUUAAUCAUAACUCUGAUGUCCAUGCCCGAUUCUCAUCAGUUCUCUACUCCUGCUUACACUCAGUGUUUAUACAAAACAACAAAAAAGUCUCUUAUCAAGAGAGAGAACACUUUCUGAAACAAUUGGUUGUUUUGGAAGAUUAUAUGCAGCAAGGAAUACCUGUUGUUUCUCGAUUUCUUGCUUUUUACAUAGUUUCAUGGAAUGGGCAAGAUCAUCAAAAAUAUAUUUAUCGACUACUUGAAAGAAUAACAUUGGUCAACUUUGCAGAAUUUAAUGACUGUAUCCUUACACACCUGUACACCCUUUUCUUGUCUGGAGACAUCAAUGAAAAGACUAUCAUUGUCAAAACUCUGUCAGAGCUUCUACUCAAUGUGUAUGUGAAGUGGUUAAAAAAGCGCCCCAGAGAGCAUCAGUUUCUUGGAGAGAAAUGGGAAUGGGAAACCGAAUUUGAGAAUGUAGUUCCCCAACUCAUCUCAGUUGUCACAAACUUUUGUGAGUUGGGUCUCCUAAUAACGUCUAGUGACCCAUUAAUGCUUCAUGCUACCCUAUGCUUCUUUGAAAUGUUGGCAGAUUUGCAACUUGAAUCCAAGCAUAAGCUAACAAUUAUUCCACCGUCUAUCUUUUACCGCUGUCUCUUUUCAUUGGACUUUUGCUCUCUGGUGAGAGGUUGUGAUCUGCUGUUGAGAUACAAAGACACCUCAGAAGAUCUGGGUCCAAGCGGUCUUGAAAAUGUUUCUUUGCUCAACAAGUAUGCCUGUGAUGUGUGGAACUGUCUGGUUACCAAAAAGGGAUUUUCCAAGGCCCACCAGGGCUGCAUUUUGGUGAAACAUAAAAAACUGAAGGAGCUACUGCCUGCACAUGCAGAUUCAGUCUUCAGCCUAGAAUAUCACCCAGUCAUGUUAGGAUAUGCACAACAUUUGCAAGAAGUUGAUGGCUCAUCAGAUGCUGUGCUUCAAGGGGAGCUUAUAAAAGAUGCCUUGAUGCAGUCUUUUCCUGAACUUGGAGGCUGCUUAGCUGCAUUGGAAAAUAAAUACUCUGAAUAUCAUAGUGGAUCUUCCUGAGUUGUACGUUUAUUCACAUUUGCUAAUAUUUAUAAUCAAAGAGCUAACACAGAUUGACCAUGUAAAAACUAAAAAUAAUAAAAGUAUUUAUAAAAGUAUAUAUAAUGUCACAUGAAAUAAAAUUUUUGUUGAAAGGA